GUAGGCGUUCGAAAUUGGUGUUGAAAAACUGGUCAAUUUAAACAGCGUUGCAUAUGAGUUGUUGCAUAACCAUAUAAGUUAGUUGGACUUUAAGCUAACUCGCUGCUUACCGAAAUUUAGACGUUCGUAGUUGUGAAAUGUGUGCCUGUCCACAUACAGCUAGACAUCUAUACACGAGUGUUAAAAGUUGGCUAACGUUAGCUAGCUAGAGAGUAAAUGGGUAGUGUUGGCUUGAUACCCAGUUAACUUUAUAUUUUCAGUGUUAGCUACUACAUUUCGUUAGCUCGCCAGUUGGCCAGAGGGCCCACUGUAUUUUUGACGGCCGAUUUGACAACGGCAAGAUAGACACAUACAAAAUAGCUCUGCAGAAUUGCUUGGCUGCUGCAUUUUAUUGACGCGUUUUUGUUUUGCGAACUAAAAAGUUUAAAACGUUUGUCUCGCGAAAUCUAAUCUCAAAUUAGAUUUUUAGCUCGUAUUGAACUGGUGUUAUUGCCUAAGGUUAUUUCAUUGGGUGAUGGAUCACGUAACUUAUGAAGCCCGGAAGAUCCUGCCUGUAAACCCCAAUGAAAUAUGGAAGAAUGUACACACGUCCUGCUGCCCUGGAAAGGCCGAUCGUGGCCCGCCAAGGUUUUGCCCAAGCCCAAUUUCCGAAGAAGAAAGGAAAUGGAGGUGGAAAUAUUGGGCGAGGAGGAGCGAGUGCGGAUCGCUGAGAAAGAAACGCUGCCGAUGACUCUCGACAGGGUCAAGUCCCUCUGUCCCCAACCAUGUUUCUCCCACACGAGUGAGAGUGGUGUUGAAAGGCUGUUUAGAUGUAGGUGCCAUGAUGUUGCUGUCUGUGGUUCAUCCUCUGAAGCUCAGACUGUGGCUCAGCCCGUGGAGGAGUUGAGGUACCGCAAGGCUCUGCGUUUGGCCCUGAAUGUUUUCUCUGCUGAUGGCCCCCGGUCCUCUCCCCCUGGGGGGUCCCCGCGGAGGUCCUGUCGGCGUAGCCCCGCCUCAGUGCCGACCCCCCCCCCGGUGCUGCGACCGCGCUCGCCGAAGGUGGCGGCUCAGACUGUGCUGCAGGCGCGCAGUACCCCCGGGGGCCAGCAGGGUGCAGCAGUGAGCGGCAGCUCGGGGGAGCCAGAGACGGGGAGGAGCAGAGCAAGAGACCAGGAGGGACACGCCCCUCCGAAUCCCACGCUGGUGAAGAGGGGGCAGGGCUCGCACGGAGCCAGGAAGCAGAGGAAGAGGAGGGAGGGCAAGAGCGAGAGGGUGGGGGAGAGACGCAGUGAGCGAGGGGGGCGGGGCACUGCGGCGGCCACGCCCACAUACGCAGCCACGCCCAAAUUGCGGCGGACCAAUCCCAUCAGAGGGAGGAGGAGCCAGGAGACCUCUCCACCUGAUCCUCCAUACAGGCUCCCCUGCCUCCCCUCCCCCACACCCUGUGGCCCAGACCAGGGGUCCGGUCCCACUCCCCCGCCCCGGAAACGCCUGCUCAGCUCCCUGCUCAGCUCCACCCCUGACCCCGCACACGCCAGCGAGUCUCCUGAGGAGGCGGAGUUAGUGACGAAGCGACGCCUCCGGCAGCGCAGGAACCAAUCAGGAGGGGGUGUGGUCACAAGGGGGUGUGGCCAGCCGGCUGCGAGGAGGAACGGCGGGUUCUCAGACACGCCCCCAGCCGCUAAGCGCUGGAAGGGGGUCUGCGAGGAGGCGGAGCACAUCGCUGAUUGCUUCGCCCAGUCCAAUGGCUCCCUCUCCCGGCCUUCUGCACGCCACAGAGCCCGGUUCCAACCAGCGGAGGAGCCCGAGGGGCCAGGUGACACCUCCCUGUCCUCUGACCUGUCCAUCGAGCUCAGCGUCCUGGAAGACUCCGCCCUGUUUGACUCCUCCCUGCUGGAGGAAGAUGAGGGUGAGGAAGAGCAGCUGCCCAGCUUCUUGCUGCAGACGGAGAAGAAGUCCCAGUGCAUCACUGAGGGGAUCUGUGUGUGGUGCAAGAUCAGGAGCUACCCCUACCUGCCAGCCAUGGUGAAAAGUGUCAGUCUGAAACACAGGAGGGCCAGCGUGGUGUUCAUCGACAACCGGUUGGAGGAUCCGAAGCGGAGUCGGAAGGGCAUUUGUGUGUCCCUGCGCACAUUGAAACCCUUCGACUGUGAGGAGAGAGAUGAGCUGUUGGACAAAGCAAGAGAGAAGCAUAACACCGCUAUUGGCUGGUGCAUGAACCUGAUAAAUGACUACAAAAUCAGGAUAGGCAGUGGGUCGUUCUCGGGGUCCUUCAUGGAGUAUUUUGCGGAUGACAUCAGUUGCCCGGUCCGCAGGAUGUGUGUGCUGGGAGGUGGUGAAGUGGCCUUCCCCACGGAGCUGGAGGAGGAAGAGGAGGGGAAGGAGGAAGAUGAGGGCGGGGCCAGUGCUCCUGAAGACGUGCAGCAACGCUGGAAGGUGCUACCCGACCGCGAGAGAGCCGCCCGCAACCGAGCCAAUCAGAGGCUGGUGCACUUCAUCCUGCAGCAGCGCUGCCUGGAGGACCGCCUGAGGGCGGUGCUGUGUGGGUGCAGCUCGUCGAGGUGGCUGAGCUGUUUCCUGGCCCGACGGAGGGUGGUGAGUGGGCUGUACCUGGAGGACUUUGACCAGGUGGACCAGGUGCACCAGCACCUCAUACAGCUGUACCGCAGCGCCCCCCAGCUGCUGCCUGACCUGCUGCAGGUCGACGAGAUCCGGCUCUUCACCGACGUGCUCCUGCCCGAGGCUCUGAUCUCUGCCAUCGCAGCGGUUGAGAACGUGUCUCUGAAGCAGGCAGAAAGUAAAUACUUAAAGGGUUCUCGCAAAAGUAAAAGGGAGAGACAGGAGUUUGACCUGAUGAUUGAGCAGCAGUUGAAGGCAGAAGCAAAACCACAACCCCACAGAGCCCAGGAGGAGCUCACUUGAACACACACACACACACACUCGCACACACACACACACACUCGCGCACACACACUCACACACACACUCGCACACUCACACACAUACACACACUCGCACACACACACACACACUCGCGCACACACACACACACACACACACACGCAUACACACACGCACGCAUACACACACUCACACACACGCAUACACACACGCAUACACACACACACACACACACUCGCGCACACACACACACACACACACACACACACACGCAUACACACUCACACACACGCAUACACACACACACACACACACACACACACGCAUACACACACACACACACACACACACGCACGCAUACACACACUCACACACACGCAUACACACACUCACACACUCACACACGCAUACACACACUCACACACACACAUACACGCAUAUACACACGCAUACACACAGACACACACUCACCCUCAUACACACACACACUCACACACGUAUACACACUCACACACACACACACACACACACACACACACACACACACACACACACACACACUCUAGGUAUGCCAUUGCGUUGGGUCUUUUGUGUGCUGUCAAAAAAAGAUGGUCAACUUUCACUUUGUUUCCUCUGCAGCGAGCCGCAGUGAGCAGUGCCUUUCCUGUGUGUAACUGGUGCAUCUGUACUGUAACCAGACGUGUUCAAGAUGGCAAACGUUAAAGUUCACCAAUGUUCACCAACAUAUUGCAAUUUCCAAUUUCUUUCUGUUUACCACAAACUUUAGUGAACUUUAGCUAACGGUGUGAAAAGGUAGUGCAGCAAAAUGGCUGCUGAUGGGGGAAAGGACGAGAGAAUGAAAUUAGACAAUUAUUUAGCUGUUAUAAUCCAUGCUAAUCAAUGUCUUAUGUGUUCUUCCCUUUAAAAAUGAAUCGCAGGAAAGCAAUGAAUCAGCGUGCUGGCUUUAUUAGACCUAUAGUCGUGAGCAUUUGUAUUAAAAAUGCUUUGCUGGAGAACUAAAUGGCAUGUUCAUUUAAAAUCGUUCAACACUAACUGCUGCAAACGUGAUCCGGCACAAACAUCCGGGUCUUGAACAGCUGUCCCCAUAACUUUUUUAUGUCAUGCAAAAAUUAGUACUAUAUUGUUGUAAUUGAAAAAAGUUUAUUUUUAAAUAAAAAGUGUUUUUCACAUUUUAA